UCGCCUGGAAGAUUUCGUUCCAAGCCCCGUCGGUUUUCAGCUACCUCACACUCCAUGGAGGCGAUAAAUACCGAUUUCAGCGACAGUUCCCGCAGCCAACAACUGAAGGACGAAGAUAGGCUCAGCAUGCUGACUGAUGAUAUUUUACUGUCCAUCUUGGGGAGAGUCAGCUCAUGUAUGGCUGCAAGGACAAGUGUGCUCUCUACACGGUGGAAGCAUCUGCCUUGGUUGCUGCCUGAGCUCAGCAUCGAUGUGAAGGAUUUCCUAUCUGCUCCGUGCGCCGAACCUAUUGAGGAAAAUGAUAUGGAACAAGCUAUGAAGUCUUUGACCAAAGCAACCAGGAGUUUGUUGGAUAAACAACAGAGAGAAUCCACUAUCUCAAGUUUGCACCUUAAGCUCUAUCUGUUCAACGCUUUGCUUUGUGAGGUUGGCCCACUGAUAGGUGAUGCAAUCGACAGUGGUUUGUUGAAAGAUUUGGAUCUCACCAUUCUUGAUGAGACAGAGCCUCUUGACCAUAGUGAGGUAGAGAUGCAACAGCGAGCUCAAGACAUAGAUGCUUUUUUCACUGCCUACCCUAGUGUGCUCCACUGACUCACAAAGCUCUCUCUAAAAAAUGUAGGCUUUGACAAAUUGGACAUGCACCAUGUUCUGUUUGACUGCUGCAAGCAACUGAAGCAUCUAACCCUUCAUCAUUGUGAUACUGGUUCCUACUCUCUCUUUAAGAUUGAUGCACCACACUCAAAACUCUGUGUUCUAGAAAUCGGAAAGUGUCGCUUUCUAAGAAUCGACCUUGUCUGCCUCCCUAAUCUGAAGAAGUUGGUUUGCGAUACUUGGGUAUCUCAGUGUGCCCCGUUGACCUUUGGUUUUGUCCCUUCUCUUGGGGAAUUAGAACUCUCAUGUGGUUCAGAUUGUGAGCAACGCGGGUUUAAAUUAAGUGAGCUUCUACAUGGAGUAACAAGUAUACAUACUCUCACAUUGGAUUUCCAAGG